GUUCUUUUUCUCCCCCACACGCCAUGGGCUCGCCAUGGAGAGUCGAACAGUGCUCGCGCUUUGGCUCUUCAGCUGCCCCGCGCUCGUCGUCAUGGGCGUGAGGCUGGUAUUGAGAAAGGUGGCGAAGCAGCCGUUCAAUCUCGGCGACUAUCUCACCAUGGCCGCCUGUGUGUGCUGCGUGGCGAGGCUCUCGAUGACCCAUGUGGUCUUGAUCUGGGGCACCAACAACGUCUCGGCCGCAAUACGCAAGACUCACGUCUUUUCGCCAGACGAGAUUUACCGACGGACAAUUGGGAGCAAGCUGGCUAUCACAGCGCGCUGCUUCUACAAUUCAUUUCUCUGGCUACAAAAGUGUGUGCUUCUUGACGUCUAUCGACGCCUGCUUCUCGGGACUUGGUACGAAAAACACAUUAUGAUUGUGUUUCUCACUGUGCUCUCCGCUACAUGGGUUGUGGUCACGGUGGUCGUCUUUAUCGAAUGCCGCCCCUUCAGACUGUACUGGCAAGUUGUUCCCGAUCCCGGGUCUUGCGUCGAGGCUCAGAUCGAAUUGAUCGUCGUGGCGUCUCUCAAUAUCUUCACCGACGUGAUGCUCCUCACUUUCCCGUUCCUCCUCUUCACUCAUUUCAACACGAGCUGGAAACUCAAGCUUCGACUGUUCGCCUUGUUCACGCUCGGCGUGUUUAUCAUCAUCAUCACCAUAGUUAGGCUGCCCAUCACCAGGCACAACAGACAGAGUCAACCCGACCGAUCGAUGUGGACGAGCACCGAGAUGUUUGUUGCUACGCUGGUUGUCAAUGCCCCGACCAUUUACGGCUUGUGGAAUAAUUUGCGGAGGCAAAAACGACGAGACACGCUCCAAUCUCAUUCCCAGGGCACUGGGGGAGUAGGUCAAAGCGGAGAGCGCGGGACAGCACCCCCCAUGGCGAACGCUUAAGUCUUUGCAAUUGGAUCUGUGAAUGAAAAGGAAAAGUUUUCUUGGGCAUCAUGCGGGUAGAGCAAGCGAUUAUUUUUGAAGGUUUGGAGCAAAAGGAGUACCG